AUGAGGAUGGCCGACGAAGACAUCGUCGACGCGGCGGAGAAAGCCGCUGGCGGGGUAGCCGCGGCAAUCAAGGACGGAGCGAACGGCAUUGGCAAGGCCGCCAUGGAAGGGGCGAAGGACGUGGCCCUGGCCGCCAAGGACAGGGUCAGCCUGGGAGGGGUUGAGGUGUCCCCCCUGGGGGUGGGGGCCUGGUCGUGGGGGGACACGGUGUUCUGGGGCUACAGCGAGGCCAUGGACAAGGAGCUGCAGGAGGUGUUUGGUAACUGCGUGGGUGGGGGGGUGAAUCUUUUCGACACGGCCGAGGUGUACGGGGUAGGGAGAUCGGAGUACCUCUGCGGGAAGUUCAGGCGGGACUACAAGGGGGCCGACAAGAACGGAAUAGUUAUCGCUAGCAAGUUCGCCCCGCUUCCGUGGCGACUGGGACGUGGCUCCGUGGUUGACGCCUGCAAGGCGUCGCUGGACCGGAUGGGGGCGGAGAGCAUGGAGAUCUACCAGAUCCACUGGCCGUUCGGGGCGCUGAACUCCCGCUACUGGGACGGUCUGGCGGACUGCGUUGACCAGGGCCUCGUAAAGGCGGUGGGCGUGAGCAACUACGGACCGGAGGCCGUCAAAGACGCGCACGCGGCCCUGAAAGCGAGAGGGGUCAAGCUCGGCAGCAACCAGAUACAGUUCUCGCUCGCUGACAGGAAGCCCGAAACCAGCGGCAUGCUGACGCUGUGCGAAGACCUGGACGUUCGCGUGCUGGCCUACUCACCCCUGGCGCAAGGCCUCUUGACGGGAAAGUACUCCAAGGACUUCGUGCCGAGUGGACCACGAGGCAGGGUAUUCAAGAAGAAGCUCCCCACCGUUGCGCCGCUCGUGGACAAGCUCAAAGAAAUUGGAACCCCAAGGGACAAAACGCCUGCACAGGUUUCCCUGAACUGGUGCAUUACCAAGGGAACCAUUCCGAUCCCGGGAGCGAAGAACAUCAGACAGGCGGAUGAAAAUUGCGGGGCGUUGGGGUGGCGACUGUCGGAGCAAGAAAUGUCAGCGCUUGACGCCGCAGCCUCAGCUGCCGGACUGUAAACCGAGCGACGGGGAUGCCCCCCCCAACGACCGACUGACCCUCGUUAAGCCGGCUCGGUGCUACAGUAUGUCUGGACACGGAGCAAAGCCCGCGCGUG